UAGCAGUAAUUGUGGUCAAAAGAACUGUAAGGAAACGCUGUCUGAACUUCAGGUGUGCCGUGUGUGCCGCGCGAAACUGUCGCAUCAUGCAGUCGACCCUUCUUUGUCUGUCUGCGGUGGUCCUUGGAGCGGCAGCGCAGAGCGGCACGCCGGAGAACGCCUUCCCCCUGAUCCACUUUAUCCUCUACACGAACUCCCAAAAUUUGAGCUACCCGAUCGCCAAUGCGUCCGACCUGCCGGCGGACCCGUCUUUCGAUACCAACAAGCCCACCGCCCUCUACGUGCACGGCUGGAGGGAGUCCAACCAGAGCGAGAGUGCGGGUGUCAUGUCCAGAGCUUUCCUCCAGCGUGGCUCACAUAACUUCAUCCUUUUGGACUGGGGUCCCUACGUCGCCGGUCCGUACUUCACCUCAUACCAGCGCCUUCCUGCCGUGGGUGCGGCAGUGGGUGCCGCAGUGAUGCGCAUGGUGGAUGCGGGCCUCUCUCCGGAGACUUUCUGGCCCAUCGGCCACUCCCUGGGCGGCCAGCUCUGCGGCAACUUGGCAGGGAACAUCAACUUCACGCUCAACAGGAUGACGGGGCUCGACCCCGCCGUGUCCGCCAAUCCGGCCAUCCCCCAGCUGUCGCGCGACGACGCCGUCUUGGUGGACGUGAUCCACACCGACGCGGGCUUCAACGGCUACGACGGCAACGACGGCACCAUCGACUUCUGGCCCAACGGCGGCCGCCGCCCGCAGCCGGGCUGUCGCUUCGGCGAGACGGACUUCUACAACGCGCUGACGCUCUGCAGUCACCAGCGGUCCUGGCGCUUCUUCGCCGAGUCCGUCAACAGCGAGACUGCCUUCCCCGCCGUCAGCUGUCCCUCCUGGCUCGCCUUCCAGAGCGGGUCCUGCCCCGUCGACGACAACAACAUCGUGUACAUGGGCUACGCCGCAGCCGACACGAACCACACUGGUACCUUCUACUUGCGCACUGCGGCUUCUCAGCCGUACGGCCUCGGCAUGGGAGGAGCUCGACCCCUCGUUUAGUUUGCGAUGCUUUGACUCCAGAAUACUACGAUGAAUCGAGAGAUUUCGAUUCUCAGCGAACAAUCGCAUCGCCACGCUCACAUCCCAGGAAAGUGACAUCACGUUGAAAUGAAUGUGAAAGAACGUCACGUUCCUUUGAGCAUUGUGUGACAUUCGUUUGGUCAUAAAUCAGCCACAAAGCUUCUUCACGUUUAAAUGAAUGUGACACAUUGCUCAAAGGAACGGGACAUUUUGUCUCAUUCGUUUCAACGUGAUGUCACGUUCCUGGCAUGAGAGUGCAGCUACUACUUACUAACGAGAUUGGCCUUAAAUGGUGCACUUCAUAUAAAGAUCGAAUAAAAAUGU